CCAAAGGUCUCCUCAUUUAAGUUGUCGUGAUUAUUCAUCCUUCUUCUUCUUCUUCUACUUGAAGAUGAUGAGACCUGAGUUUCUUCUCAGACAGAAGGAAGAGUUUUUAAAGUGCCUUCUGUUUACGGUCGGAUUCCAACUCCACUCUUCUUGGCUUUACGUCCGAUCUUGUCGCUGAAAGCCUGAAACCUUCUUCCUUCCUUUUUUCUCUUUUCAUAUGGUUUUCGCGACAAAACUUUGCCUUUCCUUUUAAAAGUUUGACGCCAGAUUACAUCACAAGUUGCGGAAAAAAUGAAUUCGACAUCGACACAUUUUGUGCCACCGAGAAGAGUUGGCAUAUAUGAACCUGUCCAUCAAUUCGGUAUGUGGGGGGAUAGUUUCAAGAGCAAUAUUGGCAAUGGGAAUAUGAACACACCAACCCACAUUAUUAUACCCAAUAAUCAGAAACUAGACAACAACUUGUCAGAGGAUACUUCCCAUGGGACAGCAGGAACUCCUCACAUGUUUGAUCAAGAAGCUUCCACGUCUAGACAUCCUGAUAAGAUACAGAGACGGCUUGCGCAAAACCGCGAGGCUGCUAGGAAAAGUCGCUUGCGCAAGAAGGCUUAUGUUCAGCAGUUGGAAACAAGCCGUUUGAAGCUAAUUCAGUUAGAGCAAGAACUCGAUCGUGCUAGACAGCAGGGAUUCUAUGUGGGGAACGGAAUAGAGACUAACUCCCUCGGUUUUUCGGAAACCAUGAAUCCAGGGAUUGCUGCAUUUGAAAUGGAAUAUGGACAUUGGGUUGAAGAACAGAACAGACAGAUAUGUGAACUAAGAACGGUUUUACAUGGACACAUUAACGAUGUCGAGCUUUGUUUGCUAGUUGAAACCGCCAUGAAACAUUACUUCGAGCUCUUCAAAAUGAAAUCAACCGCUGCAAAAGCGGAUGUCUUCUUCGUCAUGUCAGGGAUGUGGAAAACUUCAGCAGAACGGUUUUUCUUGUGGAUUGGCGGAUUCCGACCGUCGGAUCUUCUCAAGGUUCUCUUGCCACAUUUUGAUAUCUUGACGGAUCAACAAAUUCUAGAUGUAUGCAAUCUAAGACAAUCUUGUCAGCAAGCUGAAGAUGCGUUGACUCAAGGUAUGGAGAAGCUGCAACACACGCUUGCGGAUUGCGUUGCAGGGGGUCAACUCGGUGAAGGAAGCUACAUUCCUCAAGUGAAUUCUGCAAUGGAUAGAUUAGAAGCUUUGGUCAGUUUUGUAAAUCAGGCUGAUCACUUGAGACACGAGACAUUGCAACAAAUGUAUCGGAUCCUGACCACACGACAAGCGGCUCGAGGAUUAUUAGCUCUUGGUGAGUAUUUUCAACGGCUUAGAGCCUUGAGCUCAAGUUGGGCAACCCGACACCGUGAACCAACGUAGUUAUUGAGAUUUUGAACCAAGCAUACCAAUGAAAGACCUCAAGAAUGAAGAUGAGUGCAUCUGAAGAAAAAAACAAAACAGAGGAUUACUCUGAAUAAAUUGGGGGUUGCUGCUGAUGAUUAUUUUUACUCUGCGGCUGAAUCAGAAAAUUUGAAAAAACAUGUAUUGAUAUAAGUUGUAAAUAUCAGGAAAUAUGGGGUGCAAAAAUUUGUACUUUGUAGCUUUUAAAAGAGACGAAAAGUUUUAUCGAAUGUUUGUUUGAUUGUAAACAUGUCAGAUUAUAUAAACUUGAUUCCAAAUUCCCCUAUUAUUAAUGAAUGUAUAUGUGAGAAAACUAUAGGGGUUAAUCUAAAUUGUUAUGUU